GCAACUCUAGAUUCGAGGCUGGCAACGCCGUGCAAAAUACGACCAGACGCUGCUUUUUUCGGUUUCCGAAAAUAAUUGAAAAUUAUCACUAAAUAAACAGGCGGCUAACAUAAUUGCAGUUUGACCGCGUUGCAGAGACAAGCGGGUAGAUAAGUUACACAUUUUGGCCACAGCAACACCACAGUAAAGCCGCCAGCAUGGCCGAGUACUUGGCAUCCAUUUUUGGCACGGAAAAGGACAAGGUGAACUGUUCGUUCUACUUCAAGAUCGGCGCCUGCCGCCACGGCGACCGGUGCUCUCGCAUCCACAACAAACCCACUUUCUCGCAGACGGUGCUUCUCCAAAAUCUAUACGUGAACCCCCAAAACUCCGCCAAAUCCGCGGAUGGCUCCCAUCUGGUGGCCAACGUCUCCGACGAGGAGAUGCAAGAACACUACGACAAUUUUUUCGAGGACGUGUUCGUAGAGUGCGAGGACAAGUACGGGGAAAUCGAGGAGAUGAACGUGUGCGACAACCUAGGCGACCAUCUGGUCGGCAAUGUGUACAUCAAAUUCCGUAACGAGGCUGAUGCGGAAAAGGCGGCAAACGAUUUGAACAACCGGUGGUUCGGUGGUCGACCGGUGUACUCGGAACUAUCGCCGGUGACCGACUUCCGCGAGGCUUGCUGUCGGCAGUACGAGAUGGGCGAAUGUACCCGCUCCGGCUUCUGCAACUUCAUGCACUUGAAGCCCAUCUCGCGUGAGCUGCGAAGGUACCUCUACUCCCGCCGCCGUCGUGCCCGCUCCCGUUCCCGAUCCCCUGGACGCCGUCGCGGCUCCCGCAGCAGGUCCCGAUCCCCGGGUCGAAGAGGAGGCGGCAGAGGCGACGGUGUCGGCGGAGGAAACUACUUGAACAACGAGCGGGACAACAUGCGUGGCAAUGAUCGCGGAAACGAUCGCGAUCGCCGCAAAGGUGGUGGCGGAGGAGGCGGUGGUGGUGGUGGACGGUAUUAAAUAUUCUGGACAUUUUUUCUGUACGGUGGCAAUUGAGAGAGAAAGCAACGGACAAGCAGUAACGCAAAGCAUCGUGUAUUUUAGUCUCUGCGUUGGUUUUCCACGUUUUUAUAUCACUUUUGAGUAAACGAGAUGGAAGGAGGAGGAGGAAAAUGACGAUGGGGAGUUCCACCACCUAUGUACAAACCCCCCGCGAAAUAUUUUACCGAGCGCCCAUUAGAAUUGUAAUUUACUAUACAUACAUUCAUAAUAAUAAAAUUGAGUAAUAUUAUACUGGAAGCCAUAGUAAGAAAUGGGUCUAAUUGUCAAAAAGUCCAGGCACUCAAAAUAAAAGACUCCUCACAGGUAUGGAUAACAUCCAGAAGACACCACCCCUUGUUAGGCCUGCAGUCUUAUUUCGCUUUGUAAGAUUGAAUCUUACCACGUUGUUUUAAUUAUAUUUCCAUGCGCAGAUGGCUUCACCAACUGAAAACGAUCAACAGCGUAAAUGAUGCUGUCAACUGUCUUAAGACGAAAUCUUAAAAUCUUCAAAAAUGCGUACAUUUGAACAACGAAAUUCUUGUUUUCCCCGACUUAGUCUUAGAUUUUAAUAGGUGCAUAUUUAGGGGCAUAUUUGUGAUCAAGCUAUGUCAGUUGGCGGGCUUCCAUCGUGAUUAGUCGUUC